GGCCGAGGCUCAGUCUCGCAAUGGCGUUAGUGAGAGUCGGUCGCGUGUUCGUUUAGUUUUACAACAACCCGAGCGGACACCGGCCCAAAAUAUUGGCCUGUCUAUCCGUGUUCGAAUUACUCGGAAACACUUCCUGUAAUUCCUUACGCAAUAUAGCGACGCACUCGCCGCCACGGACAGUCAAAUUUUGGUACGAUAUCCACUCAGGGCGAAUCAUUUCAAGAUCAUGUUCAUCUCAUCAUAGUUCCUCAUUUGUUUUAAGUGUUUUGUGUGUGUGGACUUUAGUGUUUCGUGCCGUGACAGUGUGUGUGUUGUGAUGGAUCCGGGAUCGUCUUUGUUGUCGCCGCUGCGCCUGAGCAAGCCGGCGGUGACGGUGCCGGUGGCGGGGGAUGGGGAGCACAGCAAGGCGGAGGAGCGGGCGCACUCGCCGGUGUUGGCGGACCGGUUGUCGGCGUCGCCCUCGAGCCCGGCGCCCACCAGCCCUGCGCCCCCCCAACACCAGUUCCAGGCAGCGCUAGUGGCUGAAAAAUACCUACUACUGGAACAGGUCGAGGGCUCCUCGCUUUGCCGCUGUGUGGACGUGCGCACACAAGAGGAAUACGUUUGCAAAGUGGUGUCACGAGACUGCAGUAGCUUACUCCAAGCACACUAUCGGCUCGAUGGCCACCCGCACGUCAACCCCAUCCACGAAGUUCUAGUCGGCGACAAGAGGGUGUACCUAAUAUUCCCUCGAUCGCACUCCGACCUCCACUCGUAUGUGAGGGCGCGGAAAAGGCUACGGGAACACGAAGCCCGGAGGCUGUUCAGACAAAUGGCAGAAACUGUGGCCGCUUGUCAUGAGCAAGGAAUCGUUCUACGUGAUCUCAAACUGAGGAAGUUCGUGUUCGCUGAUCCCCAGAGAACAACGCUAAAACUCGAGUCGCUGGAGGAUGCAGUCGUGCUCGAUGAUCCUGAAGAGGACCUUCUGCAAGACAAGCGGGGGUGUCCCGCGUACGUCUCGCCUGAGAUUCUGAGGGCUCAUCGGACGUACUCCGGGCGGGCCGCCGACAUGUGGUCCCUCGGAGUCAUACUGUACACCAUGCUCGUUGGAAGGUAUCCAUUCAACGACUCGGAGCAUGCGUCGCUGUUCGCGAAGAUAUCCCGCGGGUACUUUUUAGUGCCGGAGGGUUUGUCGUCGCGAGGCAAGUGCUUGAUCCGAUCGCUGCUGCGGCGGGAGGCGUGCGAGCGUUUGAGCGCGCGCGACGUGCUGCGGCACCCGUGGCUGGCACGCGACCCGCGGAAUGAACUGCCUCCGCGCGCCGCGGCGUCCCUCGACCGCCGGGUACCAGACGUCGACAUGGACGACUGCAUCUAAGCCACCCACUCGCGGCCGGUGCUGGCAUCCGCCGCAAACAUCGGGAUACAACGCAUUGAUUUAAAUUCGCCAGUCUGCACGCUCCGAUCGACGCAGCGCAACAGACCCUACUAGACUUAAGUCGUUGGGGUUCAGUUACGCCAGCAACAGACGUCGGCGUCGUCGGACGACGGACCUUUAAUGUAAUGUCAAAGUUAUUUAUGAAUUUAUUGUAAGUUAUACCGGCCUAAGCCUGAGCUUGUGGUUGCUGAAAUAGUCCGUCACAUACGCCGCGUGUUCAGCAAUGUUUCAGUAGGACCCCGAGAUUGAAGGCGCCUGCCGAUAGUGAUUGAGGUACGAUGGACCGCGCCGAGGGCGGCUGGCCCGCCUCUCGUCUACCUAAUUUAUAAAGUAAACAGCUCGAACUGAACUCAAUAAGACUCGCAUAAGCCGAGCGCGUCCUGGUAUUUAUGUUUUAUGCGGCUUUUAUUGGUAUUACGUUCCUGUGUUUGCAAGCUGUGGUGUAGUCGUAACGCUGUAAUGACAGAAUAAGUGAGACUGAUGCCGCGUGUUUUCACAAAGCGGCGACCGAUCAUCUUGUUGUGAAUCUGGCGGGCUGAGGGCACACUGACGAGGAUCCCUCGGGCAGUGUGCCCCGCAAUCCGCAGUCAUCGGGAUACAGUUAUUUAUGUGACAUUCUGUUAACUAUUACGUUAAUUCCUCGUAAGCCUAUUGUAACCGUAUCAAUUUCACAUCAAUAUAAGAUCGUUAUAUUGCAUUGAAGUUGUUGCUAUAGUCUUAGGUAAAUUACCUAUGUAUAUUUUGUAUUUAUAUAAAAUUAAAGUUAUAUCGUGUAAUUGUGAUCUCCACCGAUGUUAUUUAGCGAUUACUUGAAUGCCAUUAUGUUGUUACACAGAAGUGUUGUUUCUUUUGUCGCACAACGACCCAUUGCUUCCAUCAUAGAGUUAUUUGAUUAUAUUAUUUGGUUAUAUUAAAUCGUGAUUAUUUGGCAAAUCGACAAGUGAAAUUAUUAUUAUUUUAUCGUUAUUCCAACCAAAAUUAUGUUUAAAAAAAUAUAUUCACAUCACCAUGUACCGAGUAUGGUAGAAUUUGGUUUGUGCCAUUUAUUUAAUUAAACCUAAUUUAUUUGUUGUUAAUAAUCGACGAGGUGAAGUCGGCACUACUCUUCCUAAAAUUAAAUUAUUGUUUUCCAUAUAUGGUACUUGGUGUUGAGUUUUUAUAUUGAUUGAUAAAAUUUGAGAUCAUUUUUUAAGUUUUGUAAUAAAUUAACAUCUUCCAAAUCAAAAUCAUUAUGUUACCAUGUCUAAAUUUGUUACUGUAUCUUUUGAUAAUGUCAUGUUUUGUUUUCAAUUUUCUUUUUUCAUUUGGGUUUCUGAGGAUUGCCGCGAAUGGUUAAUCAUAACUAUUUGGUUAAGAGAAUUUGUUACUUUAAUCUUUAUUUUUCUGGCAAAAAUAGUUAUGGCUGAUCUGUUCUGGUGUACCAUAUCAAUAUGAAAGUAGUCAAGUCUUUCAGAGUGAUGAAAGCAUUGUACAAUAGUAGUCUACUAUGUAAAAUACUACUGCUACUUUAAUUUAUACAAACUGUAAAUAGAGUUAAGAAUAUCAUAUAAGGAUUAUCAAAAAAAGAAAGAUGAUAGAGGGAAUAAAAUAAUAUAGAAAAAUUA